CUUCUUCUUCUUCUUCUUCUUCUCCUUCUCGGCUCGACUGCGUCGGGAUUUCAUCCAUACAACCUUGGCAAUCGUCACCCUCGCCAAUUCGCCCACUCUUCAAGAUGGGUUGCCUCACUCAUCGCAAGAAGGUCAUUGACCAACGUGCCGAGCAGAAAUGGGACUACAUCAACCUCAAUGACUUCAAGUCUCGAGGAUGCCUUACUCCGUUCGCCUACUUUUACCUCUGGCUCAUGUUGAUCAUCUCCCUCGCCGUCUACGGCGUCGAUAUGUUCACUGCCAUCAACCUCCUGGCUUUCGACCGCUGGUCCUCCGAAAUCGACCCCGCCAUCGACUUCAAGAUCUCGAAAUGGAUCUUCUCCAUUUCCAUCAUCGCCUCCUUCGUCAAUCUCGCCUUCGAGCACUUCCGGGCGCACCGCGUUAUGAAGCGAGGAAACGUAGCUGAAUGCUACCUCGACACCAUUGCCGUUCGCCUCGAGAGUAUCCGAUUCGGAAAGGGACAGGGCUGGAAGCGCUUCUUGGUCUUUGCCGAACUCACCAAGAGCAAGAAGGGAGCCGAGUACAUUGCUCUGUUCACCUACUUCAGCUUUCAAUCCUGGAUUCGUGUACUGGUCUGUUCCGGACCUCGUCAGGUCGUCAACGCAUUGACUCUCAAGUCUGUCUACGAUGCCAAGCUUGCCGUUCACGAAAUCUCCGUCGAGGGCUCCCUGCUUGGUUUCUUUGAUAAGAUUAAGACCCUUGCCACGGAGGACUAUCAGCAGGCUCUCAUCCUGUCGGGUAUGGUCUUCACCCUACUCAUCUGGGUCUUCUCCGCUCUGUACCUCAUCAUGGCCGUCCUCUUCUACGUUUUCUUCCUCUUCCACUGGGUUCCCAAGGCCGACGGAGGUCUCUCAGGCUACUGUGAGCGCAAGGUCACCAAGGCCCUCAUGAAGAUUGUGACCGUCAAGGUCAACAAGGCAUUGGCAAGACAGGAGGAAACCAAGAGAAGGUUAGAAAUGAAGGCGGCCAAGAAGAAUGGCGAAAAGUUGCCGCUGGAGCGACAGGCAACUCUGCCGACUCUACCCAACGUUGGAGACCCAGACAAAUUGGCCGAGAUGCCCAUGUUUGGCCGCAACGACACUUUUGCAACGCUGCCCGCCUACGAGUCUCGUCCUGGAACCCCCAGCAGCAUCGAGCUCAACUCCAUGGAUCAAAAACGCCCGCUGCCGUCGAGAAUGGGCACCACCACAUCCACUGCCAGCUACUCGUCACGCGCACCUCUUGUUGGCGGCGCUGCGGACUUUGGCUAUCAGCGCUCAGCUUCACCGGCUCCUUCUCUGCCGCCCAUGGACUUGAACAACUACCCGCCUCAGCGCCCUGGCACCUCCAACUCACAGAGGAGCUUCCGGCCUCAAAUCUCUCACGUGCAAACCAAUUCACAGAGUUCUCUCCGUGGUGGUUUCUCAGAGAGCCCCUCCACCUACUCUCCCGACACGAUGCCUGCCUUCCCUCCGCCUAUGAGGACCAACACUGGCCGAUCGGUAGAAAGCUUCAGAUCGCAAAGACAAAACACCUACCAGAGUGACCGUGCCACACCGGCGCCCAGAGGCACCUACGACGACUACUCGAACCAGUCCACUGGACGGGCAAGUCCGGCGCCCUCAGCAUACUCGCAGCGCGCUCCUGCGCCCAUGCCCCGUGGCCCCGGCCCGCUCAACAACACCCCGUACCAAGCGUACCAGCCGUUCAACCCGCAACGGAGCGCGACUGGUCCGGUUCCUCCGCGAGGCCCGCCGAAUGCUCCCAUGCGGAACAUGACAGCGCCGGUCCCUCCCCGGCCGCAGGACGACUACUUCAACCGUCCCGGUACAUCACAGAGCCAGCGACCGAGCCCCCGCGGUCCGGGAUACGGCUACAACAACGAUGUAGAAUCCCAGAGGGACCCGCGGUACUAGGAGUACCGUGCUCCUUUCUGGGGCUCAUAGAUCGCGCGUUUACAGGGUUAUGCGGCUACGUCCCGCAUUUUCUUUUUUUCAUAAUGUCUUUAUGAUUCAAAAGGGGUUUCUACUUUUUGCGCUGGAAUCAAAGCGCAUCUUUCACGAAAGGCCUGUCUCGUCAUUUCCUCUUCGCCUACAUCUGAGCCUCUCACACUUUUCUUCCUUUUAGGAUACACAAAAGUAUUGAGAGCGAGAUGAAGUUGGCUUCUCAUCCGUCUUUUUACGACCAUCCUUUCGAUACCCCCCGAACUAUUUCGCUUCAUUCUCCGUUCGUCCAUGUACUACUAGGAAACCAAGGGUCUACUGGCUACAGAAGUGCUCCAAGAGCCGCUAGAGAGGAAAACCACAACAAUCCAGCUGUACUUUUAGAAAUUGAAAAAUAACAAAGUCUAUUGACGACAA